ACACACGCUGCUGUACAAGGCCGUGCACUCGUCGCAAACACCGCAUUCAAUUACUGGUCUGUAGGCGGCCAGGGCUAGAGUUGACUUGAGAGCGUUUUUCUCUUUCGUCCUCUCUACCUUCAUCUCUCUAUCUCUCGCUGCCUGCCUGCCUGCCUGCCUCUUUCUUUGCGCCUGCGCCUCGCUCCCUCUCUCUCUCCGUGUGUCUGCCUUCCAAGUCCCCUCCCUCAGUCUCUCACAAGCCCGGCCUCCUCAGCUCGUCGACUGCGACACUUGGGCGGCGAACGUCUUUUGCGAGCGAUGACGCCGUGAGGGAGUGGUCGCUGUCGUAGAGUAUUCACCUGGCUCAGGUGGUCGCACCGUACUGCCUUUGCGCUGCGCGCCGCUGUCUUUCUGGGGCCUCCUCUCGAAUAUCCGCUCCUCCCCCACCACCACAGCCAGCUUCCUCCGGGUGAAGUGACGCCCGCCUGCCGCGGCUACAGAUGGGCAACUCCAAUGGCAAGCCUGUAGUCCUCACCGAUGAGGUCAACCUCAAUCACUUCCGUCUGCUGCGGGUCGUCGGCAAGGGCGCAUUUGGCAAAGUGCGCAUUGUGGAGAGAAAGGACACGGGGCUCACGUUUGCGCUCAAGUAUAUCAGGAAAGAUGAGGUGGUUCGGUCAGAGAGUGUACGGAAUAUCAUACGAGAGCGGCGGAUGCUCGAGCACCUAAACCAUCCGUUCUUGUGCAAUCUGCGGUACAGCUUUCAGGAUGUGGAAUAUCUCUACAUCGUGGUGGACCUGAUGAACGGCGGCGACCUGCGAUUUCACAUCUCGCGGAAAACUUUCACCGAAGAGGCGGUGCGAUUCUGGAUAUCGCAGCUUGGCUGCGCCCUCAGAUACAUCCACAAGCAGGGAAUUGUCCACCGCGACGUCAAGCCGGACAACGUGCUGCUGGAUUCAGAGGGGCAUGUGCAUUUGGCCGACUUCAAUGUUGCUUCCGACAUCACCCCGGGCAAGCCGCUCACGAGCAAGUCGGGAACAUUGGCAUAUCUGGCACCAGAAGUCUACGCUGGCAAGGGAUACUACUCGGAAGUGGACUGGUGGUCACUGGGAGUGCUGUUUUACGAGUGCAUCUACAACAAGCGUCCGUUUGAGGCCAAUCAUCACGAUGCUCUGGCGCAAGCCAUCGUCAAAGCGGACCCGCCGUUCCCUGUAACAUCACCGCCGGUGUCCAUGCCAUGCUUGCAUGCCAUCAGUUCGCUAUUGGAGAAGAACAAGCACCUGCGGAUAGGCGCCGCUGGCUUUGAAACGUUCACUGACAACCCUUUCUUCAGGGACAUUGACUUCGAAGCGCUGGAAAAUAAGGAGAUUGAGCCCAUUUUCUGCCCGUCGAGUGAAAAGACCAACUUUGAUGCAACAUACGAUCUCGAGGAGCUUCUCCUAGAAGAAGCACCCCUCGAAGCUCGUGCUCGUAAACAAAAGCCGAGGGCUGAACUACGAGAGGACGCGACGCAACAGGAAAUACGAGCCGAUGAGCUCCAUCGCAUGAUCGAGACUAUGUUUGAGCCGUUCAAUUACACGGCUCUACCGCAAGACCGCAGCCCAGUUGCAUCGGUCUCAGACUCUCCUACAGCAACAAAAUCUUCCACUCGUCUGCCGCGGGGAACGGAAGGGCCAGGAGAUCCCAAUUAUGCACGGCAUACAUUGGAGAAAGCGAGGGCGGUACCCACACCUAGGUCGCAAACACCGGGCAGUGCGUCUCGAACACGGUCUUCUACACAUUCACCGGAAGGAUCACCGCCUCUGCCUGUUGGAACACUUGAAAUUGGUGUCGCUGUCGGUCACCCUCCCGAGAACUACGUACCGUCUGUGGCGGAUGCUGUUCAACAUGCCGCGCCAGACUCGAGGGAGUCUCCUCGCUCCAGAGCCAUACGCUACGAAAACAUAGCUCCAGCAACUCCUCCAGUCACGUCGACCAAAGCCUACCAGCAGCACCGGCCCAGAGGGUCAACACGUAGCACAUCUCAAGGAGGGGGUGUGCAAGUGGUACUCAAUGAGCACGGCAGCUGGACAGAUAUGGCCAAUCAAAGCCAAGCAAUGGUAGCGCCUGGUGAUGACCUGCGCCGAGCGGAGAGACCGUCUGGGAUGCUGGGCUUCCUCAAUCGCAAAAAGGGCAGAGACCGGAGCCCUAAGGCGAAGGAAAAGGAACGAGGCGUGCUGGGAAAGGAGGGAGCGCGAGUGAUCAUUAGCCAUGGGUAAGUAGUUUGAGUUCGUCAUCCAUGGGCAAGUUUGAGUCUACCAUUGACUCGACUGCCUCUCUACUUGUAAUACUGUUCUGCUUGGAGCGCGGAUCUCCAGGUCCAAGGUUGGAAACAAUUCAUCUGGGAGCGAGCGAGCGAGGCGUCACGAGUCACGCGGGGGAACAGCAUGAGCUGAUACAUGGUAUAACCACGAAGUAAUCAUAGAAUGUACAUUAUAUGAUGUCGUUGCUAGUGAUCUACUGUUACAACAACAACAAACAAC